AGAGUGUGUGGAGGCCGCGGGCCAUGCUGAAGUGGGUCAGGAGGUGACGGAGGAUCGCAGACACACAGGAGCGUCACACAGCAAGAGCAGACACGACUUUGUCAAGAAAAAUAUUGAGCUGGCCGGAGCGUCAGGAAGCUCAGUGUUUCUCACACAGCAGGAGAAAGAGAGAAUUGAGGAUCUGCUGAAAGAUCUAGAGGAAGAGCUUCUGGAGGAACCUCAGCUGGUCUUGUCGUCUCUUUCGGCUGGUCAAGGUUUCAGUCCAGAACCUUCUGAACGCCACACUCUGUUCAACAUCGACUCCAGACUGCAGCUACUACUUCCUAUGCAGGACUUCCUGUCUGUGCGGAGCUCCAGUUCUCAGGGGAGUCUGGAGGAGAGGACAGGAGAUCAAGGGCUCUGGACUAUGAGACAGCGACAAGAUGAGGAGAGACGUCUGAGAGAAAUACAGGAGCAGCUGCAGAUCCUGGAAGAGACUCAGGAGAGCAGCACGGUCUGUUUAUCUGCUGAGCAGCUGAAGAAUCUGCUGCUGGACUGUGAAGCAGAAAUAAUGCCGUCUGUUCGGCAAACACUAAAC